UUCCAGUAAAGUACUUUUAAACAGUUGUGUGAAUACUUAUUGCACCAACAUUUCUAUCGAUUAAUUGUUUUUUUUCUUACAUAAAUACGCAACUUACAUAAAUAGCUAUUUUUUUUUUUGUAAUCUAUUUAUUCUAGAGAUUUCGGAGAAUAUGUAAAAUGUCAUUGUUUAUAAAAAAUAAGUUAAUAAAUUAUAAUUUUACACAGUUUUUUUGGAAAUUGAUUGGUGUACGAAUACUUUCUACAUCCACUAUAUAGCUGGGCACAUGAUAAAUUGCAAACUGAACCACGUGCAAAAAUUUUGACACGGCUGAACCGGACAAUUCGUGAAAUCCAAGUGUAUAGAAUCCCUCAAUGCCACGAGCACCUGUGAUAACUUCUCAUUUGCUCCCUCUUAUCUAGGGCCCGGAUGACACGCGUUCACGGUUGCGCCAGAGGAAGGUCAGAUGGAGAUCGCGAGAUUAGAUGAAACGGGAGAAAAGUCGGGGAGGAAGGUCGUGGAAGAAAGAGGGGGACGGAAAAAGGAGAGAAAGAGCGUGGCCACGGAGAGGAGAAGUCGCGGAAUCGCGAGACGGAGAGGACCUGCUGAGGGAGAAAAGUGGGAAAGAGAGGUUAAAGAGAAAGAGGUGUAUCAGCUAGAGCCCCGAGAGUUCGUUGGCCGAUUGCCUGCCUUCACCGUGCCUCUUCUUUGCCGUUCGUUUUGUCCUUUUUUAUUCACCGGCAUCGAACAGGCGUACACGGCCGCAAGGAUACAUACAGGAGUGCCUGUUUCGUCGAGGGUGACGUCAUCGAUCGACAAAUCUACCCAGACAGGUAAACUCAACAGAUGGCGCAAAGCUUAUUCGACCUCAAAGAAACAUCAACGCCAUCAACUGAGGAACAGUCCCGGUGCGUAA